GUUUUUUGGGUGGUGUUUUUUUUUUGCUUACAGAUACCACGAGGCAACCAAGACCUGGAGAAGUAAAUGGCAAAGAUUAUCACUUUGUGACCAGAGAGGAAAUGCAGAAAGAAAUCGAUGCUGGUGAAUUCAUUGAGCACGCAGAGUUUUCUGGAAAUAUGUAUGGGACAAGUAAAGGUGCAGUGCAGGCUGUUCAAGCCCGGAACCAGAUCUGCGUCCUCGACAUUGAUAUCCAGGGUGUGAAGAACAUUAAGAAGACAGACCUGAACCCCAUCUACAUCUCCGUGCAGCCUCCGUCCAUAGACAUCUUG